CCCGCCGCGGGCAUGGGCGCGCUGGCCCGGGCGCUGCUGCUGCCGCUGCUGGCCCAGUGGCUGCUGCGCGCGGCCCCGGCGCCGGCCCCCGCGCCCUUCACGCUGCCUCUCCGGGUGGCAUCGGCCAGCAGCCGCGGGGCGGCGCCCUCCCCUGGGCCCGGACCCCCCGCCGAGCCCCGCGCCGACGGCCUGGCGCUCGCCCUGGAGCCCGCCGCGGGGGCAGCCAACUUCUUGGCCAUGGUGGAUAACCUGCAGGGGGACUCUGGCCGCGGCUACUACCUGGAGAUGCUGAUCGGGACGCCCCCGCAGAAGCUGCAGAUACUUGUUGACACUGGAAGCAGCAACUUCGCCGUGGCCGGGGCCCCGCAUCCCUACGUCGACUCAUACUUUGACACGGAGAGGUCCAGCACCUACCGCCCCAAGGGCUUUGAUGUCACCGUGAAGUACACGCAAGGGAGCUGGACUGGCUUCGUUGGGGAGGACGUUGUCACCAUCCCAAAAGGCUUCAACAGUUCUUUUCUGGUCAACAUUGCCACCAUCUUUGAGUCAGAGAAUUUCUUUUUGCCUGGGAUUAAAUGGAAUGGGAUACUUGGACUGGCUUAUGCUACCCUGGCCAAGCCGUCAAGUUCUCUGGAGACGUUCUUUGAUUCCCUCGUGGCACAAGCAAGGAUCCCUGAUGUUUUCUCCAUGCAGAUGUGUGGGGCUGGAUUGCCGGUCGCUGGAUCUGGUACCAACGGAGGUAGUCUUGUCCUGGGUGGAAUUGAACCAACCUUGUACAAAGGAGACAUCUGGUAUACCCCUAUUAAGGAGGAGUGGUAUUAUCAGAUAGAAAUUCUGAAAUUAGAAAUUGGAGGCCAGAACCUUAAUCUGGACUGCAGAGAGUACAACGCGGACAAGGCCAUCGUGGACAGUGGCACCACGCUGCUGCGCCUGCCACAGAAGGUGUUUGAUGCCGUGGUCGAGGCAGUGGCCCGCACGUCUCUGAUCCCAGAAUUCUCUGAUGGUUUCUGGACGGGGUCCCAGCUGGCAUGCUGGACAAAUUCUGAAACACCUUGGUCUUAUUUCCCUAAAAUCUCCAUCUACCUGAGAGACGAGAACUCCAGCAGAUCAUUCCGCAUAACUAUCCUGCCUCAGCUUUACAUUCAGCCCAUGAUGGGGGCUGGCUUGAAUUAUGAAUGUUACCGAUUCGGCAUUUCACCUUCCACAAACGCGCUGGUGAUUGGUGCUACCGUGAUGGAGGGCUUCUAUGUGGUCUUUGACAGAGCUCGGAAGAGGGUGGGCUUUGCAGCCAGCCCCUGUGCAGAAAUCGCAGGUGCUCCGGUGUCUGAAAUUUCUGGGCCUUUCUCAACAGAGGACAUAGCCAGCAACUGCGUCCCUGCCCUGCCUUUGAAUGAGCCCAUUUUGUGGAUCGUGUCCUAUACUCUCAUGAGCGUGUGUGGAAUCAUCCUUCUUAUCUUAAUCAUCCUGCUGCUACUUCCAUUCCGGUGCCGGCAUCUACCCCCAGAUCCCGAGGUCGUCAAUGAUGAGUCCUCUCUCGUCCGGCAUCGCUGGAAAUGAAGAGAAAAGCCUAAACUCUAGCAACCUUGAACUCAAGGAUUAUGACAAUUCAAGGGGCAGCAGGCAGGGGUUCUAAGGCAAGGUUUCUUCCCGUGUCCAUUAGUCUUAAGUCUCUGUUCUGCUCCCAGAUGCCUUCCAGAUUCACUGUAUUUUGAUUCUUGAUUUUAAAGCUUCCUCCUACUCUCCUACUUCCAAGGAAAAUGAUAAUAAAAGACACCUCAUUCAUAAUCAAAACAGAGUGAAUUGGGCUUCAGGCUUUAUGUAGCUGGUUAUGCCAAACUAUCUAGGUGUGCCACCCCCCCACCCCCCGCCCAAAAAAAAGAAAAAGAAAAGAAAACCAAGAGCCUUGCUUGUUUGGCUUGUUCUCUCCUCCCUCCUAUCUCUGGAGAAAUAAGUGCAUAUAGUUUGUAACUCUUCUUAGCUAAUGGGAAGCUUUUUGUAUUAAUCACAUUUAAGGGUAUUUUGUACCAGGCUUGGCCUGCGUCAGCGUGGUACAAGAAGGCUCACGGUAUGACAGCAGAAGUCGUCUGGGGCCUGAUGGUAUAACCAUCCUGCCCCCUUCUGAGUUGGAAAAAGAGCAGCAGGCCCCUUUUCCGGGUCUCUCUGUGCUCUGAACGGGAGCUGGACUCUACUAGGGAGAGACGAUCACUCAGGUCUUCACCAGCCUCUUCUGAAGAUGGAAGGCCUUCGAGUGGGAAGGAAACCUACUCUUUGUACUCAAUACUUCCAUAGUAUUGUGGGUAUAAAAGUAAAAACUACCUCUGUUGAGACUUUUUCCCAGGGUCCUGAGCCUGAUGGGGGUACAGGCGGCCUGCUUCCAGCCGCUGCCCUCACCUAAAGAACCCUCUUUCCAGCAGGCGAGACGUAAUAGGUGCUGAACCACAUGUCAACCUGGAGACGUUCUGUCACCAAGCUGGUUACCAUCACAUAAGCUUACUCUUACUUAAAAUGAACAAACACCGUAUUAAGGAGAAAAACAAAUUCUCUUUCACUAGCUUAAUUGUUUCUUUUUCCAGUUCUCCUCUGAAGGUAGGUUGCUGAUUAUUCUUUUGGGAAAUAGAGAAAUGGCUAAAUACCCAUACUCCUGACCAGCUCUCCGAGGAAGGAAGGCACGAGACAUGCAAAAGAUGCUAGGGAAUUUCUACUUUUUCCUGUGCUUUGGAACCACGUGCUUCUCUUUGCAGGACUCCCUAGGCUCGAGCACACCCACCCGAAACAGCUUAACCAAGUCCGUCAACAGUUGACCUACGUGCGUCUUCCCUUUGGCGUGUUCAGUCUUUGGUGAUGAGUUGGGUGUUUAGUGGUAUCCUUAUUUGGGGAAAUCCACGCUUGCUGUCAUUUAUUUGAGGGCUUUGGCAAAAGAAAAGCAGAUGACUUUAAUGUGAUGUCAUUAGAAGAAGGGUUUAAAGCCAAUAUCCCUUCUGUCACUGUGUGCCAAGUUCAGGGUUCCCUUUGCAUUGCUAUUGGGAUGGGUUGGAUAUAUACCACAACCCCAUUGGAAGGGCUAACUGAAGUAUCUCCUCUGGCUGGAGUGUUACGUGUGUUCAAAAUAGGCUUCCUAUGGAUGUUUUAGCCGCCUGCCCUGCACACUGUCUCCCCAGGUCACCUCCAUAUUGAGAAAUAGGUGACCAUGGCAAAGAGAUGUGGAGCCACUUAUACAUGUCUUGGUGUCCUCACAGACUCUCCAGAAGCCACAAGAAUCUGUGGGAUUCUUGUGAAGAAGGUUUGAGUUGUGUCUUAGAACGGGGAUCUUCUGUGUUCUUCAAGAUUCAUUCAGGCAUAGCCGUGGUGGGAACAAUGCCCUCUUGAAAUGGGAUGAUAGGAGAUUCUGUUAUCAGAAGCUCAUUAUCAUUUCCACUCUCAGCUAGUUGAGAGGUAAUAGUUUCAAAAUACAUUUCAGAGAUAGAAAUCUCUGGAAUUCCAAUUCUCUUUUUGCCUUCUUGGCUUUUUCAUGGGUUCCUAUUUUGUGGGCCACUUUACCUAGAUGUGACGGUAACAGCCCUAGACAGUGCCUUCCCCUUGGUGUGAAAAAUCCAAACCCCUGAAAUAAAGGGAGGGAAUUGCAAGUAUGACCCGGUUAGUUUUGCUACUUGUUUCUUCACUCAGGCAUCUUCUGUUUCAUUUUCCCGUGUCCUGUUUCCGAGCUGGGGACCGUUUCUCUAGCUGCAGACUCGCAGGCACUGUUCCCAGAACACUUGAUAACAGCAAGUUAGAGUUCAAGCUUGGGUAUUUGAAUGAAGUUUGUUAUAAUGCUCUGUAUUUCCUAUCAAAUUUCUCUACCUUUUCGUCUGAGAUGUCAUUGGAUGUGACAUUUUAAUGGAAAUGCUUAAAUUACAAAAGCAUAACUUAGCAACAAGAAUGAAAUAGACAGUUGAAAGUAGGACAUUCUCCUGGCAUACCUUGCUGCUGAAAAUUGGACUUUGAGUCAAAACCGUUAGUGACACUCAACUCCUCCAGUUGAAAGACGAAAAUUAGCAUUAGGUUUUUGUCAAAACCUUGUCAACUCUCUGACGGAAAAUGGAUGCUUCUACAUGAACAAUGUUGUUUUUUUUUUUUAAUAGGCUGAUGCUUUAUAUUCUUGAUAAGUUAUUCAGAAGCCUGAAAUGAAAUCCUGUCUUCAGAAACUGAAACUGUUUAUGAAAAAUAGUAAUGGAUGGGGAUUGAGUCUAUUCUUUUCCUCUGGAAUUUAAAAGAACCACAAGUGAUCGGUGUUUGAUCACUAUGGCAUUUACCAUGGUGAACAAUUUUGUAUUUCUCAUGAACCAAAAAACAAGUACCUGGCAUUAAAGAGACAGGUUCCUUGUGUGUGACAACAGAGAAGGUCUCCCUGGACGCAGUCCACUCCCAGACUUUUCUGCUGAAGCAGUUGGAGAUGUGAUUUAGUUCACACAGCCGCAAACCCCAAACUUCAAGAACAUUCAAGCUGGAGUCGUGUGUCAGAUGUCAGCACGGAAACAGCGAGAAAAGGUGGCCCCUUACACUUAACACGGAUCCAGGUGAAGAUUGGGGCAUCCAAGGAACACAGAUAUAUCGUGUUGAUUUAAAUCAAAAUCGUGAUAGGACCAGGAGCUGGACUACAGAGGUAUUCAUGCUGUCUGAGAAGAUGCUGUCUUAGCUACUGACCGGUAUCCAAGUUGUUAUGCACCUCAAAAGUGGAAUUUUCUACAAUAAUCUUAUUUUUCUA